AUGGGAAACCUGGGUGCAAAUCCCUGCAUCACCCCAGUUUCAGGGUCCCUGUCCCAGCUGCCCGGAUUUACCCUGAGGGUGCCGCAGUCGGUGUCGGUGCAGGAGGGUCUCUGCAUUCUCGUCCCCUGCACCUUCAUGUACCCAACCUCAUACAAAACUGACAAUUCCUGGGCCCGGCUCUACAGAUAUUGGUACAAGGAUCAGGCUGAUGUGGUCUAUGAUCCACCCAUGGCCAGCACUGACUCCAGCCGGAGGGUGCCGCAGGAGACCCAGGGCCGGUUCCAGCUGGCGGAGAAUCCAGCGCACGGCGACUGCUCCCUGCAAAUCAGCGACGCCCGACAGACGGAUGCGGGGAGAUAUUUCUUUAGAUUCGAGAAAGGAACGUUGAGAUACAAUUACCACUCCAAUUCCGAUGGAACUAAUGUAAUGCUCACGAUCUCCGUGCCAGGGCUGACGGAGGAGCCAGAGAUCCAGAUCUCACCGGCGCGGGGGCUGCCAGGGACGCUGCUGGUUGGGGAGCCAGUGACUGUGACCUGCACGUCCCCUGGGCGCUGCUCCGGGACCCCUCCCCGAGUCACCUGGACGGGGCCGUUCAGCGACACAGCCCGGGACGUCUCAGCCCAGCUGGCGAACGGCACCUGGGCGCACAGCUCCGCGCUCAGCUUCACGCCCGGCCUGGGGGACCACGGCAAAGAGCUCGUCUGCACCGUCACCUACAGCUCAGCACAGGGACCUUCCACCAGCAGAACCAUCUGGCUCCACAUCGUCUACCCGCCCGGGCCCCCCAACAUCACCGGGACCCUGACCAGGAACGGACGCCCCGGGCCGGCCCCAUUGGGAGCUGAGGGUGACAUUGUGUCUCUGGAGAUCCAGGAGGGCGACUCCCUGAACCUGAGCUGUGAGGCUUCGAGCAGACCCGAGGCCACCCUGAGCUGGGCCAAGGGGAACGAGUCCCUGAGCUCCAGACAGGGAUGGGCUGGGCAUCUGGAGCUGCCGAAUCUCAGCAGAGGGGACGCUGGGGAGUAUCGGUGCUGGGCAAAGAAUUCCUAUGGAUCAGCCAGCCGGGCCCUGCAUUUGCACGUGCAGUAUCCCGGCACCUCGGUGGCCAAUGGCUCACAGCUCACAGCCCGGGAGGGCGACUCCCUGCGGUUCUUCUGCUCUGCCGCCAGCAGCCCCCCCGCUGCGCUGCGCUGGGUGACUGUGGGCCGAGCGAUUGAGGGUGCCCACCCCGCAGGGGAGAAUCAGCUGCGGCUGGAGCUGCCCAACGUGACGGCCGAGGACGAGGGGCUGUACGGGUGCUGGGCCCAGAACAAGGAGAGCACUGCCCAGGGAAUGUUCCAGCUUCUCGUUGAGUACAGCCCCCGGCUGGGGACCAGGCUGAACUCGUCCUGCCAGUGCCAGGGGCCCAGCGUCAGCUCGUGGGCCCAGGGGGAUGAGGCCGUCAGCACCCUGAGCUGGAUGGGGAGCGGGGACGGGGGCCCCCGGAUCUUCUGCCUCGGCUCCAACCCGCACGGGACCUACGCCGCCCUGCACUUUGACUUCAGCCCCCCGCAGAGAGGUGCAGAGGAGCCUGGCAAGCUGCUGGGCGUCGGGGUGGCCUGUGGGCUGGGGGUCUCCGUUGUCUUCUUCCUUCUCAGGCUCUGUGUGAUCAAGCUGUGGGGCCAGGAUCUGGUGCCCCCCAGCGCUGAGGCCAGGGAAAUGGCUAACGGGAGCCAGGACGAGCACACAGCUGACGAUGGCAGCCUAAUCUACAUUAACGUCAACACCAUCCCCAUACAUCACAAGACUCCAGCCGCCCGCCGGACCAAAGGCAUCCAGGACAGGGCUGCCACAGCACAGGCCCCGCUAGGCCCCAGGAAGCCAGACGAGCUGCAAUAUGCCUCCAUCAACUUCUCCAAGCUGCAGCGGAAAGGGGGGGAGCCUCCGGAGGCCCCGGACACAGAAUAUUCUGAGGUCCAGCUGAAAUAG